ACCGCAAACGGGAAACAAACUGAUUAAAAAAAUAAAUCCCUCCCCACGUUUGUUUAUUUAUUUAUUCGUUUGAUAAAUGUUUGCACCAAAUGCCAAGUGUUCCUGAGUCGCUGACUUCACACUUGGUGAAGGGAGUUGCCAUUUUAACACAGGUUGGGGAGCUGUGGCAGUGAUGUUACUUUAAUUUUGCACGUCCAGUAUCCUCCCAUCAGAGAGCAUCCCUGCAUCACCUGAGGACUCACAAAAUAUCAGCUGAAAAUGCCCCUGCAGAGGAUUUCUUCGCAUUAAGAGCGCUCUGGAGGUUUUCCUGAGAGAAGCUACAGAGAGAAGCUGAACCUGAUGCCCCGCUGUGCGCUCUUUGCAGAACAUCCCUUGUGGGAGAAGAGCAGGGGUGCACUGGAGGGCAGACAGUACAAACUGGGACUACUAUUGCUGUUACUAGCAAAGAGACAAAGCCAGCAAUGUCCUUACGCGACUGUCUUCACUCUGGUGGAACGACAGGCUGCUUACGCUGGGUUUAUAGCAAGGACUGGUUGAAAAAAAAAAUGAAAGUUCCCAUUGCUCUCCUUAUCCUGCUGUAUGCCGUCGUGGUCCAUUGCCUGAAAGUGGUGUCAAAGAGAGGCUCAGUGGACGGCUGCACGGAUUGGUCGGUGGACUACCUGAAAUACAAGGUGCUUCUGGGGGAACCUGUACGGAUUAAGUGUGCUUUAUUCUAUGGAUAUAUCCGGGCCAACUACACUCAUGCACAGAGUGCGGGACUUAGCCUUAUGUGGUACAAAAGUACAGGGCAUGGGGACUUUGAGGAGCCCAUCAGUUUCGAUGGCACAAGGAUGAGCAAGGAGGAGGAUGCCAUAUGGUUUCGACCAGCAGAGUUGGAAGAUGUGGGGCACUAUUCCUGCGUUCUGAGGAACUCCACAUACUGCAUGAAGGUGUCCAUGUCUCUGACAGUAGCGGAGAAUGACACAGACCUCUGCUAUAACUCCAAAAUGAGGUUCUUUGAGAAGGCAGAACUAAGCAAAAGCAAAAACAUCACCUGCCCAGGCAUUGAGGAUUAUAUACAGCCGGGAGUGGAGCCUGAAAUUUUAUGGUACAAGGAAUGCAAGCCAAAGCAGUGGAGACAGACCAUAGUAAGGAGGAGGGACACUCUGUCGAUCAAGGAAGUGCGGGAAGAUGACAUUGGGAAUUACACUUGUGAAUUACAGUUCGGAAGCUUUGUGGUACGGAGGACUACGGAAUUAUCCGUCACAGCUCCUCUGACAGACAAGCCUCCGAAAAUCCUCUAUCCUUCGGAAAGCCAAAUCAGCGUUAUGGAGAUGGCGAUCGGAAAUCCUGUCAACCUGACGUGCAGAGCAUUCUUCGGAUACAGUGGAGACGUCAGCCCGCUCAUCUACUGGAUGAAAGGGGAGAAGUUCAUCGAAGACCUGGAUGAGGAGCGGGUUCAGGAGAGCGACAUAAAGACAAUCCGGGAGCACCUGGGAGAGCAGGAGGUGUCCAUCUCUUUGACCAUUGACUCCCUGGAGGAGGGCGACCUGGGCAACUACUCGUGCUAUGUGGAGAACGGCAACGGGCGCCGACAGGCCAACAUUCAGCUCACCAAGAAAGCUGAGCUGAUGUACACAGUGGAGCUGGCCGGAGGUCUGGGAGCCAUCUUGCUGCUAUUGAUCUGUCUGGUGACCCUUUACAAGUGCUACAAGAUUGAGCUCAUGCUCUUCUAUAGGAACCACUUUGGCAGUGAGGAUAUAGACGGAGAUAACAAGGACUAUGACGCUUACCUUUCCUACACCAAAGUGGAUCCGGACCAGUGGAGCCAGGAGACCAGAGAGGAGGAGCGCUUUGCCCUGGAGAUCCUCCCUGACGUCCUGGAGAAGCAUUAUGGGUAUAAACUCUUCAUUCCAGACAGGGACUUGAUCCCUACAGGAAGUUUCACCAAUGAUCAUUUCCAGGAUGACACAAGACUACUUAGAGCCUACAUCGAGGACGUUGCGCGCUGUGUGGACCAGAGCAAGCGUCUCAUCAUUGUCAUGACGCCCAACUAUGUGGUGCGGAGGGGGUGGAGCAUCUUUGAGCUGGAGACACGGCUGCGCAACAUGUUGGUAACCGGCGAGAUCAAGGUCAUCCUGAUCGAGUGCGCCGAGUUGCGCGGCAUCAUGAACUAUCAGGAAGUGGAGGCCCUCAAACACACGAUCAAGAUGUUGACGGUCAUCAAGUGGCGCGGGCCGUCCAGCAACAAGCUCAACUCCAAGUUCUGGAAGCAGCUGCAGUAUGAGAUGCCCUUCAAGCGCAUGGAGCCCCUCAGCAUCUCCCAUGAGCAGGUACUGGACGUCAGCGAGCAGGGCCCCUUUGGCGAGCUCCAGACGGUCUCGGCCAUCUCCAUGGCGGCGGCCACCUCCACCGCCAUGGCGACGGCGCACCCGGACUUGCGCUCAUCAUUCCACAACUCAUGCCACACCCAGAUGAGGCAGAAACACUAUUACCGUAGCUACGACUACGACCUGCCGGCUGGUGGCACGCUCCCACCGCUCUCCUCGCUAGGCAACCAGCACACCUACUGCAACAUCCCCAUGACCCUCAUCAACGGACAGAGGCCACAGUCCAAGUCGCCGCGCCAGCAGAGCCUCGAGGAGGGCCACGCCAACAACGCCAUGCUGCCGCUGCUGCCCAGAGAGACCAGCAUAUCCAGCGUCAUCUGGUGACAGAGACGGUGCCGGGCGGGACGAACUUGGCACGGGACGGGGGUCUUUGCCGCGCCCCUCGCGUGGAUCCGCACGAUGUCCAUCACAGGGAGGACUCACCACUGGCACUUGGACCCUGACGGCGCUCGAACCGAAAGGACCCGAAUGGCACUAAAGCUACUUGCUGCUGUUGAAUUUGCACCAGGAUACAAAGGGGGAACCAGGGGAGGCGGGACGUGGAGGGGGUCAAACUCACUGGACAAAUCGGUGAUGGCAGAGUUGUUGGGUUUUUUGGGUUUUUGUUUUUGUUUUGUCCAAUGAGAGCUUUUAUUGAAACUGAAAAAAAAAUGAAGCAAGAAGAACUUUUUUUGUAUGCCUGUAUAAACACUCACGUAACACAAGCCAACACCUACGAUCAUUUACCCAGAAACUCAAGGAAUACAGGGUCCUGUACAUAUGUUUUCUAAUUCUUUGUAGCAUCAGUGUUUGGGACUUGUUUUCUUUAUGUUUUAUCAUCGAUUUGGGACUCUUUUUUAUUUUAUUAUUAUUUGUUUUGUUUCUGUUUGUAUAAAAGUGAAGCAAUGGCCUGUGAGAUGUGUUGGUUAAACCGUCGUUACCUUUAUCUUAACUUGUUGGCUGGUGUAGUUUCUCAAGCUUUUGUUUUUUGGGGGGUAAAAGUUGCCGUAUUUGGGAGACGACGAUGAUAUACGGUCAGUUUCGGGGUGGAGAGGCGGAGUUUAUUUUGUGUUGGUGGUUGUAGGGUUUAAAAGAUGGAAUCUGGUUUCAAAAGGGACUCAACUAGAUUAUGCAAAAUAUGGAGUUCAGAGAGCGUGAAAGAUUUUAAAGGGAAUGGGCUGGGUUUCCCAAAUCCAUCUUAGCGCUCAGAUCAUUUCAACGUUAAAAUGCUUUUGGAAACACCGAGUCUUGGCUAUUAAGAGGGAUAUGAAGAAUACUGGUGCUAGGCUUCACAUCUCUCUCUCUCUCUUUCUCUCUCUCUCUCUCUCUCUCUCUCUCUUUCUCUAUCUCUCUAUCUAUCUCUCUCGAUAAUAUUUACUUUAAAAAAAAAAAAACAGCCUUGCUAUUUACCUUAACAGAUGAUUAUAUCACCUAAAAUUAAUUAUGUGUAUUAUUUUAUGAAAAAAAGUCUAUUUUUGUAACUGAUGGAUAUUUGCUUAGACAAGUUAUACCUAUAAAGUUUCUGACAGAAGGAAUCGGGAAACAUAAUACAGAAUAUUUCCAACAAUGUUUUGUUAAUGUGGAAUUGCAUAGCUCACAAAAAAAAAUCUAUAGAAAGUCAUUCACUAAAUGUCUUACCCUUGUACUGCAAGAAAUAAAAAAAAAGUAUGUUUGUCUUUUCAUCGUUAAAAGGGGAGUUUUGGCAUUUCCAGCACACCAUGCAUAGUGUUUGCAACUCGAUAGGCUUUUGUUUCUUAGCCACGUCGACUGCAUUUCACAAUCAUUGUAACAUUAAACAGUUGAUUUGGUGUGAGGACGGAGCUACAAUCGAUGAUGUCAGUGCAGAUGGAAGAGAGGAAAGCCAUGGUAUGAAAGCAUCUUGUAUCAUUUGAAGUAUUUACCUGGUUUCCUCCAUGGGACCAAACAAGGCCGUCCAGGGCUAACAUGUCAUCUGUGUUACACGGUUUCCCUGAAAUGACAGCUCUAUGAUUUGUUUUCCAUCCCAGGGUCAACGGAAAUGAUUUGCCGGUUGAGUUAUGCUUUCAAAUGAAAAAAUAGGGCUUUCAAGCCUCGGUUAUAAACACCUUGAGUUGGCCCUGGCUGCUUGGCACUGUUGUUGAAAAGGGAUGUUGGAAUAUAAUGAUAGCAAAAAUGAAGAGUUUCAUUCCAAAAUGAGAUAUCUGCCAUCAGAAAAAAAUGUCUCCUGCACUUAAAAAAACUGUUUUUGGCUUUAUGGUUAAGUUAGCAAUGAAAUGUUGAAGUUAUUACAGACUAAUAACGUUUGUUUAUAAGAUAGCAACAUUUAAUCAAUUGUGUUUUUAAAAUACUGGCCAAUAAUCAUCAGGGGCUGUGGCAUUUUAGAAUGAAACCCUUCAACUUGAGAUGUAAUUAAUGUUUAAGGAUGACUAGAAUGUAUUUUAAAAUGCAAACUAAACCCUGGAGUAUUGUGUAACUGUACAAUAGAAAUGCUACUUAAAGCAAGUUAGACCAAAGCAAGCUACAGUAAACCAUUCUCAUGUACGAAAGGGUCCUGUUUCCCUCAGAGGGAGGCUCACAUCUCAGUCGGCUCGGCAAGUGCGAUUUCACAAAGUCAAAUGAAACAAGAACUAUCUCAAACGUGCAACGGCGACUUGUAUACUUAUUCUUUCUGUCCUGCAGCUGUGCCAUAUCAUUUGUUUCGGGAAACUAACCUCGUACUAAAUACUUGCAACAUCAUUUAAGGUAGGGGUUGCGUGUUUCAUUUAGUGCCAUUAAAUAUGCAAAAGUGACAAACAAGUAAACAAUAAAUUACAGUAUGUUGUGUUUUCCCCUUCAUUUUCCUGUGAUCUUCAGUUAUAUUUUUUUGUUUGUUUGUUUUGGGUUUUUUUUUUUUUUCAGGUGUGCUUGAUUGGAAUUUGAAAGUGUCAGUCCUCUUUAGUGUAUGAUAUGCUGACGACAUAACACUUUAAAUCAGGCUUGGGUCUUUUAACUUUUAGUGGCUCCAUGUGUUUGCUCUAACCUGGCCAGAGUGCAUCAUGGGAGGGAUUGGCAUUCUGGGGGACAAUCCUAUCGGUUUGACUUCACCACGUAAAAUUAUUCAAUUACCCAAUAGUAUCGAUAACUGAGUCCAUUUCAGCUGAUUAUUUGAGCCAGGCUGAUUUUCUGAGUCAAUCCACUUCAGUGUGUUGCACCUUUUGACCCUUUCACUAAUUAACAUUUGGGUUACGUUCAAGAGCACCGAUUCUGCAACACUUCUGAAGGCGUUCCUUGUGCUCUGUGACGCUGUGUAAAUAUAAUCAAGACAAAAACGUAAGUAAGAUGAAGACAAUCGAGCCAUAAUAUUCAUAAAAACCAAUGGUCAUGAUUCGCAAGGCCUCUCAAAGUAGAAAUACUAAUAUUGACUGCAGAUUAACUUGUAGAAUCAAUGCGAUGUAGACAGGAGGCUUGAGUCAGCACUUCUGCUUUGGGAAGCCAUGUGAAUGUGUUUGCAUUUUCCGAGUGGGGCUGAUAUACAUUUUUGUUUCAUGAUAAACUGAAUCCUUCUGGUGACGAUGGCUUUGAUAACGAAGACGAUGACGAUGACGAAUAACAAUGACAAAUAUAUAGCACAGAACUAUUCCAGGCACUUUCACUACUCUUGAGAGGACAUCUCUCCUGUUUCUGAUUUAUUUUCUAUUAUGUAUCUGCAAUGUUCAUUAAAAGAGAUACUGUUAUUAUUAAUAAAAACACA